AUGGAAAAUUGUAAUUCUGUCAAUGUGCCUCUUGGUUCUCACUUUGAGUUAAGUAAAAAGCAAUGUCCUGUGUCUGAGUCUGAACUUGCAGAAAUGCAGAACAUUCCUUAUGCCAACACCAUAGGUUCUGUCAUGUAUUUGAUGAUAAGCACUAGACCUGAUAUUGCCUACAUUGUUUCCUGCCUUAGCAGAUAUAUGGCUAAUCCUGGAAUGCCCCAUUGGGAAGCUGUUAAAUGGUUGUUUAGAUAUUUGAAAGCUACUGUGAAUUGUGGUCUCUCUUUUGAUAAAUCUGAUGAUGGGGUCAAAUGUGUUGGUUAUGUUGACUCGAAUUAUGCUAACAAUAAGGAUAAUAGAAAGUCUACCACUUCCUAUGUGUUUACUCUCUGUGGUUCUUGUAUUAGCUGGAAAUCUCAAUUGCAAGGAAUUGUAGCUCUGUCUACUACUGAGUCUGAGUACAUUGCAGCCACUGAGGCUGUAAAGGAAGCAAUCUGGCUGAAUGGAGUCUUAUCUGAACUUCAACAUAUUGAUGAUAAACCCUUGUUGUUCUCUGAUAGUCAGUCUGCAAUUCAGUUAUGCAAAAAUCUUGUGUUUCAUGAUAGAACCAAACAUAUAGAUGUCAGGUAUCAUUUCAUCAGAGAUGUUGUUGAGAGAGGUGAGAUCAUUCUUGAGAAAAUACCCUCUGAGUUCAAUCAUGCUGACAUGGGUACUAAGUGUCUUCCUGUUGCCAAGCUCACUUCUUGUCAGAAAACCUUGCAUAUGAAUGUGUAG